AUGGUACUCCAUGGAAAAAAGCAGCGCACGCCGUUUGACGUAUACAUUGUGACGCUAUUUGGGAGCAAUAUCCUGUAUACUGCCAUCAAUCAUCCAUUAGAAAUUCUUACUGCCCAGUAUGGUUUCUCGUGGGCCGGAGAAGCGGUCUGCACUUUGAGCCUGUACAACACUUAUGUUAUCAGUGCCGUUACAGUGCACAUGCAUCUGCUCAUCAGCGUCAGCCGGGGAUGGGCGCUCUUCUGGCCAGUCACAUACAAACAACGCCACACCUUCACUGUCGCCACAUUGCUGGGCAGUGGUACGAUAAUUUAUCUUCACACUGUGCUCCUACCCGGCAUUAUUGUCGACGCCGCGCUGUACCGAAUGCCGGUCAAUCACGGAUGCAGGAUUAACAUGGAAGCACAGCAUGGCUGGUACAUGUUCAUCACCGUGGUGUUGUAUUCCGUGCCGAAACUCUUAAUUCCCGCGUGCUAUCCCGUACUGCUGUGGAAGACCAUACGGAGAACAAACAAUCUGACAAGGCGCAUAGGCUGGCGUAGUGCGACUGGAACCAGCGAAAACUCCACGGACAAAGCAUCGGGUUCCAAAGGUCAAUCACGCCCGUUCAUCCUGCUGACACUCAUGACGUUGUGUGUAACGAUUUGCUGGAUCCCCAGUAUGGUCUAUUACAUUAUGAUCGGUUAUAUCUCGCCCAUCAAACUGGACACGUUUCACCGCAUAGCGACGACGCUGUUCGGUCUGCGGGUGCUGCUGGAUCCCGUGUUUUUCUGCCUGAGUUUCCGCAGCUUAAGCGCGCCCUUCGCUGUAUUGUGGAAGAAGCGCGCAGUCCGGCCAAGGAUCAACAUCGAGCAGCCAGUUUAUUGAGUUCAACAUAUCCCGUUACUAAAUUACCAAAUAAUAAAGGAGCUAUCUCAGCUUGUAAAAGGUGUAACUGGCCGCCAGUUACUGGCGGAAGGGUUCUCCCACACCGCCAGUUUAAGCAAGUGUUUACAUAGCGUUUUUAGAAAGCAAUUGGCGUGCCUAUAAGCAGAGUUCAAUGGUUAUUACUGAAUUUUUAAGUACUGUUGCUGUUUUCUGCUCGAUGCGGAAACUGUGUAAAAUCUUUUUAUGUACUUGUUGUACUUCCUUCCUAAUUAUUCCCAGAAAAUCUAUUGAAAAUCUGCCCAACGC